AUCGCGUCGAGAGACUUAACCUGCGUGACGUCAUUCUUGUAAAGCUCCAAUUAUUAUAAACAAAGAAGCCAGGAAGAAGGUUGAAAUUUUUAAACCUCAGUUGAUGCAACCAUGUCUUCUACACCAUUUCUGGUCAUGAUCAAAGCUAAGAAUGGACGCAAGAAGUUAGAAGGUCUCACCAUGAAAUCUACCAUCAGUCAUCUACUCCAAAAAAUAUCAGAAUUCACUGAGAUUCCAAGCAAAUCACAGAAACUACUCCAUGGGUACCCUCCUAAACCAUUAGAUCUAUCCAAUGAAGGUCAAGAACUAGCCUCUCUUCCUUUUAAAUCAGGAGAUAUGGUCAUAGUAGAAGAGGAUGAGACAAGUAAUAAAACUGAUAUAAGUCAAGGUAGUGGUGAGGCAAAGGCCACGGUGACACGUCGUGUAGUACCAUCAGAUAACUCUUGCCUGUUUAUGAGCAUAGCAUUGCUCAUGGAAGGUGGCAAUACUGACAGUUCACGUGCACAAGAACUUCGUAAUCUCAUCGUCAAUGUCGUAAGCAGUAAUCCAGAGCUGUACAAUGAAGUCUUUCUUGCUAAAUCCAACUUAGAGUACUGCCAGUGGAUAAAGAAUCCGGACUCUUGGGGUGGGGCAAUAGAAAUUUCAAUCCUUAGUGAGUUUUAUGAAACUGAAAUUGCAGUUGUCGACACUCAAAGUGUGCGUAUUGACAAAUUUGGUGAGAAUAAUGGUUACAAUCAUCGGAUUUACUUGAUCUAUGACAAUGUUCACUAUGAUCCUUUGAUCAAGGAGCUUGGUGGAGAUGGUAUGGAGACAGUGUUUAGAGUGGAUGAUGAGGAAGUACAAUCACAAGUCUUACAUCUUGCAACAGAGGCCCAGAAGAGCAGACAGUAUACAGAUCUCUCUGGUUUCACUCUACGCUGUCUUGUUUGUAAUGAUGGUCUCCGUGGACAAAGACAAGCUCAACAGCAUGCUAUGGCUACAGGACAUUCUAACUUUGCAGAAUAUUGACUUCCUAUAACUCACAUAUUUACCUGGUUUGUCAGUUUCACAUUUGUAUACAGUAUGUUGUUUUCAUGUUUCCCACCAAUGUAAGGUGGUAAAUACCUGCCUAAAUAAAGCACCAUCAGAAUCAAUUGUAAGGCAUUUAGUGAAGACAGGUUUUACAUGUAUGUAUUACAGUUUUACCCUUCUGUGUAGAUACAUACCGGGUAUAUAUAUAUAUUUAAAGCACACUUGUAUGUCAUUUGCCUACUUGCCUUUAUAAGUAUUAUUUUAUAAUUGCAAUGUUGUGUGUGAAACAUGAAUAUUUGUAUUUCAGGGAACUUUAUAUUGUCUUGCAAAAGUUUUUGUUUUUGUCUUGUACAUUUGCUAAGUUUUUUGCCAUGUUUACUUGACAAUGUUGCAUCAGGAUUGUCUUGUUAUAAUUAUUUACUUUAAAGUUGAUCAUGUGUGGGUAUAUAGAGGGCAGCACACAGACGUACGCGCAGGAGCGUAAUACCCGUUGGCUCGGUGUUGUGUAGUGAUCAGCAAGUUGCCUACAUGUACUUCAUGAACGACUAGAUAUACCCACGCAUGAACAUCUUAAAUGAAGCACUUUCAGCAUUGUAAUAUAAAGUCAAUGAAUUAUGACAAAGUUGAAAUCAAUCACAAGGCUUCAUAGGACAGGGCCCUCGUAAAAACAUUAAAUACAGAAAUAAUUUUUUCAACAAACUCUCCUGUUUUUAAAUUUGCAAUUUAAUAUAUUUCAUUGAGAACAUAGAUAGAAUUUUGUGUCAUUAUAGUAUGUUAACUUGUGAUAUUGAUUGUUAUUUGAUCAUUGCAUAUGGUGCAGAUUACAUGUGAAUUUCAUCAAAUAAUUUCAUUUAUUUUGAAACAAUUAAUAUUGCAUUAUCCAACAUAUUUUGAUCUUAAGGGUUGAAUGCUGAAUUUUCUGAAGUGCGCAAAAUUGUACAUACAAAGCACAAUUUAUGUGUGUUCAUAUAGAAAUGAAGAUUGGAGUUUAUUAUAAAUUUAUAAUUAUAAUUGAAAUAUUGCAUUAAUUUAGGGCAUCCCAGGUGUUUCUGGCUGAGCUGACAAUGAAUGAAUUAAACUCCUCUUUUACAUUCACUAAUGAAAUAAAGGCAUAUUCCAGUUUGUUAUAUCCUAAAUCUCUGAGACAAGAUAUUAGAGAUUGAUUUUGAUUAAAUGUUAAAUUGAGCUAAAUUAA